GUGUGUGUGUGUGUGUGUGCGUAACUGUGUGAAUGUACGUACGAGGGCUAAGAGGAAGAUCUUCGCCGGAGAGUACAGUGCGCGUUAUAAGAAAAGAAACCGAUGUCGAAAUUGUGCCCGCGAGUUUUCAAUGACAGCGCUCGAAAAUAACUCAUUGACUGCGCGCGCGCUCACGACUCUCCGAUGACGAUCUGCUCUUCUUCUGUGCGUGUGCUGAUAGCGAUGUCUUAUCGAAGCCUCUCGCUUAAUCGCCGCCGCGAACUACGCGGAUGUUCUUUGUAAAAUGUAAAGCAUCGUAUUUUACGUAUGGUUCGCGCAAGUGCCGUCUUCGCCCGUGCGAGAGAUAAGAUAAGUAAAUAAAUAGUAGCAGAAGACGCGGCUGCAGUGCGCGACGACGACGAUCACGGCCAGAGCCCAUGUGUGUUAUGGACUGAUCGGUGCCAAGUGUCGACGAAGCAGAAGAAGAAGAAGAAGAAGAAGAAGAAGAAGAAGGCGACGCGCCAAAACACACCGGACAACGAAGCAAGGAAAGAAGAGAGAGAGAGAGAGAGAGAGAGAGAGAGAGAGAGAGAGAGAGAGGGAGAGAGAGACAGAGGACGAAUAGAAGAAAUCCACGGGCCUCUUCUCUUCCCGGGACUGCUUCUCUCCUUCUCUCUCAGUUUCGUGCUUCGGAAUCGAUCGAUCACGUGACAGCAGCGCGGGGGUUGCGCGCGUGCAGCGCACAGUCUCUCUCACCCUCCGGAGGGAGAUUGAUUGUGGAUUCAUUUCGCGCGCGCUGCUUUUUCCUAAGCCUCGUGAUACGUAACUCGGCAAGUGCAUCGAAAAAAGUCAUCAUUCAGUGAUCGCCAGUCGGUCGACGAAGAGUCAAGUGCGAGAGAGAGAGAGAGAGAGAGAGAGAGAGAGAGAGAGAGAGAGAGAAAGAGAGAUAAUUGAAAGGGAUAAGGCGCCAGAACAGCUGCUUCAGGAAGAGAAGGGACUGCUAUAAUCGUUUGUUAGUGGUGCCUCUCGUGCUAGGAUACAUACUACUCGCUAGCUCUCUCUUCGUAUCUCUCUCGCGCGCGUGUGUGUGACGUGACAGAAAGCCUCUUCGCGCGCCUCAUUUCCUGGAAGACCAGCUCGCCCCAACAUGUCGCGGCGGAAGAACCCGAAGAAGAGGGGGGGAAACUUGGAUGACCUGAAGCAGGAGCUGGUCAUCGACUUUCACAAGAUUUCCCCGGAGGAGCUGUACCAGAGAUUUCAGACGCAUCCCGAAAACGGCCUUAGCCAUGCGAAGGCGAAGGAGAACCUGGAGCGCGACGGGCCGAACGCCCUGACGCCGCCGAGGCAGACGCCCGAGUGGGUAAAGUUCUGCAAGAACCUGUUCGGAGGCUUCGCCCUGCUGCUGUGGAUCGGCGCGAUCCUCUGCUUCAUCGCGUACUCGAUCCAGGCGUCGACGAGCGAGGACCCGAACGACGAUAACCUGUACCUCGGCAUCGUACUGGCUGCCGUGGUCAUCGUCACCGGUAUCUUCUCCUACUACCAGGAGAGCAAGUCCAGCAAGAUCAUGGAGUCCUUCAAGAACAUGGUGCCGCAGUUCGCCACCGUGAUCCGAGAGGGCGAGAAGCUGACCCUCAAGGCCGAGGACCUCGUGCUCGGCGACGUCGUCGAGGUCAAGUUCGGCGACAGGAUUCCCGCCGACCUGAGGAUCAUCGAGUCCCGGGGCUUCAAGGUGGACAACAGCUCGCUGACCGGCGAGUCCGAGCCGCAGUCGAGGUCGCCCGAGUUCACGAACGAGAACCCCCUCGAGUCCAAGAACCUCGCCUUCUUCUCGACGAACGCCGUCGAGGGCACGGCCAAGGGCGUGGUCAUCUGCUGCGGCGACCAGACGGCCAUGGGCAGGAUCGCCGGGCUGGCCUCCGGCCUCGACACCGGCGAGACCCCCAUCGCCAAGGAGAUCCAUCACUUCAUCCACCUGAUCACGGGAGUGGCCGUCUUCCUCGGCGUCACCUUCUUCCUGAUCGCCUUCAUCCUCGGCUACCACUGGCUCGACGCCGUCAUCUUCCUCAUCGGCAUCAUCGUGGCCAACGUGCCGGAGGGCCUGCUCGCCACCGUCACCGUCUGCCUCACCCUCACGGCUAAGCGCAUGGCCUCCAAGAACUGCCUGGUCAAGAACCUCGAGGCCGUCGAGACCCUCGGCUCGACCUCGACCAUCUGCUCCGACAAGACCGGCACCCUCACCCAGAACCGCAUGACCGUCGCCCACAUGUGGUUCGACAACCAGAUCAUCGAGGCCGACACGACCGAGGACCAGUCCGGCGUCCAGUACGACCGCACCUCGCCCGGCUUCAAGGCCCUCGCCAAGAUCGCCACCCUCUGCAACCGCGCCGAGUUCAAGGCCGGCCAGGAGGGCCGACCGAUCCUGAAGCGCGAGGUCGCCGGCGACGCCUCCGAGGCCGCCCUGCUCAAGUGCAUGGAGCUCGCCCUCGGCGACGUCAUGGGCAUCCGAAGGCGCAACAAGAAGGUCUGCGAGGUGCCCUUCAACUCGACCAACAAGUACCAGGUCUCGAUCCACGAGUCCGACGACCCCAACGACCCGCGUCACCUGCUCGUCAUGAAGGGCGCGCCCGAGCGCAUCCUCGACCGCUGCACCACCAUCUUCAUCGGCGGCAAGGAGAAGGUCCUCGACGAGGAGAUGAAGGAGGCUUUCAACAACGCCUACCUCGAGCUCGGCGGCCUCGGCGAGCGUGUCCUUGGCUUCUGCGACUUCGUCCUGCCGUCCGAUAAGUUCCCCGUGGGCUUCAAGUUCAACUCCGACGACCCGAACUUCCCCACCGAGGGUCUGCGCUUCGUCGGCCUGAUGUCGAUGAUCGACCCGCCCCGUGCGGCCGUGCCCGACGCCGUGGCCAAGUGCCGCUCGGCCGGUAUCAAGGUCAUCAUGGUCACCGGCGACCACCCGAUCACUGCCAAAGCCAUUGCCAAAUCCGUCGGCAUCAUCUCCGAAGGUAACGAGACCGUCGAGGACAUUGCCCAGAGGCUGAACAUUCCCGUGUCCGAGGUCAACCCUCGGGAGGCCAAGGCCGCCGUCGUCCACGGCACCGAGCUCAGGGAGCUGGACUCCAGCGCGCUGGACGAUAUCCUGAGGUACCACACCGAAAUUGUGUUCGCCCGUACUUCGCCCCAGCAGAAGCUCAUCAUCGUCGAGGGCUGCCAAAGGAUGGGUGCAAUCGUCGCCGUAACUGGUGACGGUGUCAACGACUCGCCGGCCCUGAAGAAGGCGGACAUUGGCGUUGCUAUGGGCAUCGCCGGCUCGGACGUCUCCAAGCAGGCGGCCGACAUGAUCCUCCUUGACGACAACUUCGCCUCGAUCGUCACUGGUGUCGAGGAGGGACGUCUCAUUUUCGACAACUUAAAGAAGUCCAUCGCCUACACCCUCACCUCCAACAUCCCCGAGAUCUCGCCCUUCUUGGCCUUCAUCCUCUGUGACAUUCCCCUGCCCCUCGGCACCGUCACCAUUCUCUGCAUCGAUCUGGGAACCGACAUGGUGCCGGCCAUCUCGCUGGCCUACGAAGCACCGGAAUCGGACAUUAUGAAACGGCAGCCUCGCGAUCCUUACAGAGACAAUCUAGUGAACAGAAGGCUCAUCUCCAUGGCGUACGGACAGAUCGGUAUGAUCCAGGCUGCCGCCGGAUUCUUCGUCUACUUCGUCAUCAUGGCUGAGAACGGCUUCCUACCGAUGCACCUCUUCGGCAUCAGAAAGAUGUGGGACUCCAAGGCUAUCAACGAUCUGACGGACAGCUAUGGUCAGGAAUGGACCUACAGAGAUCGCAAGACGCUGGAGUUCACCUGCCACACGGCCUUCUUCGUGUCGAUCGUCAUCGUCCAGUGGGCCGACUUGAUCGUCUGUAAGACACGUCGUAACUCCAUCGUACACCAGGGCAUGAGAAACUGGGCCCUCAACUUCGGCUUGGUCUUCGAGACCGCACUCGCCGCGUUCCUAAGUUACACGCCCGGCAUGGACAAGGGUCUCAGAAUGUUCCCGCUCAAAUUCGUCUGGUGGCUGCCGGCUAUUCCGUUCAUGCUCGCCAUCUUUAUCUACGACGAGACGAGACGAUUCUACCUGCGCCGAAAUCCAGGCGGCUGGCUCGAGCAAGAAACUUACUAUUAAACACGCAACACGCAGAAAACGCGCGCGCGAGAGCGAGAGAGAGCCGACAGACGCAUACCCACGCAGAGAAGCGACAAAAAUAUACCGAUACAACAAAAUUAUCUGCUAUUAACACUACCAUCAUCAUCACCACCACCACGACCGCCACGAUCACCACCGACACCACCACACCCAGCGACAGAUGUCGACGUUGCAAGAGAAAACUACUGUACCAAUCAUCCACGCAGCGGAGAAUAUAUGAUUAUUAUUAUUACUAUUAUUAUUGUUGUAUCGAUAAAGAUGACGAAGCCACACAUUUUACACGGAGCGUGCUUACCAGCAAAGAGACAACAGCGACAAACAAACUUCAUAAUAAUAAUAACGAUGCAAAGCUGAAGAUAUUAGCUCGGCUCGCUUGGCUUUAGCUUCUAUAUCUUCAUCGAUAAUUAAGGAUCACGCGAGUAAAGUACACAAAAGACGGCAGCAGCUCUUCAAUGCUAGAGCGCCGAGUAAUAAUAAUGAUACUAUGUAAAAAUGAACAAAAAAAGAAAAAAAAGCAUCAUCGUUGUGUGGGGUAUGCGAUGCUCGUCGUUUCGAUGCUCUCUCUGUCAACGGGGUUUGAAGAACACAAACGGAAACUCGCUGUGUGCCUCUUGGUGAUCUCUGAAGAUUCUGCGACUCGCGCAACCAGGAAGAUGAGAAGACGAGGUUCGAGAGACGAAGCCGCCGCCGACAUGCAGCAGCAGCAUCGAAAAUCGAAAUCGCGCUCACUCCGAGGAGAGACGCAAUGGAACGAUGAACUACGUACAUUGAGUAACUGUGCCCGAACGCAAGAGAGCGAGCGAAAGCGACGACGUGUGAAAGAGACGCGAAAGAGUGCAAGAGCGAACACAAGAGAGAUUACGUAGAAAGGCCUAAAUUGUCGAGGCGUAAGGCUAAGUAGAAAACAAAAAGUAAACAGUAGACGAACAAAAAUGGUAACCGAUAAAAAUUAACGUGGCCAAGUAAGAGGCCAAGCAGAUGCAAGAUUGAACACUGGAGUCGAUGGGUAGAGCAGAAAAAAUACAAAGGUAAAUUUCGAAGACAAAGUAAUAGAACACAGAAGGACGAAACAGACACUUGAUAGCAAAAAAUACAAAUAAAGGGAGGUGUUCGAACAUUAGACUCGAUCUCAAACUCGGCAAGUGUGCGAGUACGACGUGUUUUAUUUUCCCCGGUGCACCACCGAGCGUGUGCUGCUACACGGGACGAUGUAACAAUACAAAGGUGAUGCGCGCGACGCGUUCUCCGCGUCCCACGCAUUUCCACGAUAAUAAGUUAUUACGAGAAAUGAUGAAGUAAAAUACGAAGAGCAGCAGCCUGCGGUUGAGCAGAGUCAACGGCUGAGACAAUUCUAACGUAGACGUCUUGUGAUACUGACGAACUUCUUAGACAAGAAUAACAAAUGAAAAUCUAAUAAUUAUAAAAUUAAAAAGAAGAUAAAAAUGAUAAUUUAUGAGAUUAUCGUAUUAUUAAUAAAUAAAAAAAGGCUUUGGAGUGCCCGGAUAAUUUGCUAUGCGGAUCAACAAAAAAGAGCGUCAUUGUGAAUUUUCCGAGCGAUCCGACCAUGUUAAAGGAUUUGGAGAAGUAGACGCAACCAAACAACAAAAGUAACACCCGUGGCAAGAUCACAGCAAAAUAAAAAUGACUACAACACAAUAUUUCAAGAAUGAAGAUAAAAAGAGCCAGUGCUACGACGUCACGUGACACCAACACUUAUAGAAACUAAUGAACAAAGAAGAAGCAAGAAAAACAAUACAGUACGCUAGAUAAAGGCACGCCCUAGUUGACAAAACGACAGAUAAUAAAAAAAUAAAGGUCGAAGGACACUCUAAUGAAAUAGCAAAAAAUCGCGUUUGCAGUAUUCAUUAUUAUUAAUUAAUUAAUUAAGAUGGCGAAGAUGGAGGAAAAAAUAAAUAAAAGAAUCCACGUAUAAUGUUGUUCGGUUUGAGUCUUAUCCGAGUAGCUAACGCAUCAGACCGCAAUGCAUAUAUUCAAAUAGUUAAGUCUUUGUUGGAGUUCUUAUACUGGAAUGCCACGAGAGAGAUGACGAUGAUGAACGGGAACGGAAGAGCGUGUACUUUUGGGACGAGCCGGAGUGAAGAGUAGCGGAUCAGCAGAGGAUUGGAAAUGGAAGCAAGACGAGGAAUGGAUGACGACGUUGGAUAGUAUAUAAAUAUUUAGCGCUUAAAAAAGCAUCACUACCACCUAAGGAGGAUUUAAUUAAAUUAAAUAAUAAAAGGAAAAAAUGAAAAGAAAAGAGACAAAAAUACGUUAUUUAAUUAAUGCGCGAUUGCGAUUCCCAGAAUGAACACUGUGUGUUGCGGGGCGAAGUGUAGCCGCAAAAGAUAAAUAGCGAAAAAAUGCAAAAAAAAAAAAAUAAUAAAAAUUAAAUAAAAGAAUAAAAUAACGAUUAAAGUAUAAACAUGCAGGAGUAUAGUGAAAACAAUGUUAUUGAUUAUGAAGUAAUGGUAUAUUUACAGAAAAAAGUUUAAUGGUCAAAUUGUAAUGACAGCAUGCGAUGGUAGACACGAUAAAAAAAAUCAUGAAUUAUAAAAGUAGAGCAAAACAAACGAGAUCGCGCGAUGAGAUCGUCGAAGCAAAUUACACGCAAAAGUAAGAUUUAACGAAAAAAAAACUAUCCAUUAAAAGUUUAAUGCUGUUUUAGGGUGAAGCGAGAGAUUGCGAAAAAUAAAAAUAAAGUAUACAAAAAAUCCACACACAUUCUUUGCGUAGGUGAACCAAAAAAAAAUUCAUGCUAAACAUAACGGUAUAAAACAAACGUGCUCUUAGUUUUUUUCCAUAGGUUUAAAGCAAGCGGAAAACAGAAACUGGCUCGCUAUUUCAGCAGAGAGUUAAAUGAGAAAAAAAAAUAGAAACAAAUUCUAAUCACCCGACCCCGGAACGCUGAACGCCCUGUCUCGCGACUCCGCGGCAUCCGUUGCUAUAUACAAUUCCGACGAGAAUGAGAUCUGCAGACGCGACAAACUCGAACGACGCUCUUAUACAUCCUACAAGAUGAUGACUUACAUGCCUGCCAUCGCAUGACUUUCGGCUGCCGGGACGUCGCCUAUAGUUCUGUUCCCUACUUUUCCAACGAGCCUAUCGCCGGCUCGUCGUUAAGGAAGCGAACAGAGACACGGCUGAUGCUCCCGGACACUAGCAAAGCUACCCAAAGUGUUCAUAAAAACCAAAACCAAAGAACGAACGAAGACACUCACAGGACUACGACUAUAAAUACGAACAAGACACGAUCUUCCAUGCGGCUGUGUAUCGCAGGCCUCGCGACGCGCCUCUUUGCCAGACCGGCGUUGCGUUAACGGACUGUACCGGUAUUCAAGAAUGGGAAUCAAAAAGCAUACUUCGCUGUCGGAACGAUCGCACGCGCUUUUCGCUGCAACAGCCAAGUCGCCAAGUCUUGGCCAUGUUUUCUCAGUCCGCAUUCGAGGGCUCGUUAUUCCGAAGCAGCGGGUAAUAAUGCGACAGCGUCCGGUCUCGCGUGACAUUUUCCCUGUUGACACUCGCGACGAGUCGAUGCGGCCGUAAGGUAUAUACUGUACGUUAUGCGCGCCUCUGAGCUAAACCCGCGUCGGACUCGAUUCGAGCUUCUCACCCGCGCGAUUCGAUCGCCGAGGGAGAAGGCGACGAUCGGCGCCCGCGACAACACCGAGCUCGCGCGCGUCUUGCGUCUCGUCGGCGCUGGGAUCUCGAGGUGCGCGUACAAUAUUUGUGAUACUUUAAAGGAGUGAGAUACGAUUCAAGAUCAGAACAAGUAAAGAGGCGCGUCACGUUUGAAUAAGCCGCAGGCUCUGCUUUUCCGGAGAAGAGAGAACACCUACCCUCGCGCUCGGCCGUCAUCGACGACACAUUAUUACUAUAUACUCUAUGUACUCUAUCAUCCAUCGCGUAUCACGAAAAUAAAAAACCUUCCGUUUGAACAAGUAAAGAUACUCCUUCGAAUCUCAACGAAAACUGUAUACAUAAAUUAUAUGCUAUAUUUAUAAAAAUAUAGAGUAUAUUACACACGUGCGACGCACGCAAAGAAAAAACGUUACACGAGCACCGGAGAGAGAAAUACAAGGAGCGCCACGAUGAACGCACGAUAUGUAAGCUUUUUACGUCCCAGCCGUUAACUAUAUAUCUAUCGUAACUAUACGUACUCGAUACACGUUACACACACACACACACACGCGCGCGCGCGCGCGCACACACAUACGCGAAGCACGCACCUGUAUGAUAUGCGGUGCGCGUAAAGAGAAAAAUAAAAACCGCGCGGACGGAUGCGAGUUGUACGUGUGAUAUGAUGAGAAGCAUAUACGCGCGUGUAUCUUACAAAAUAUAUACGUUAAACGCGACACGCUCUCGUUAUAUUUCGGGACGUUCGCGGCGAUCGGCUGCACGCGAGGCGUUGAUUUUUUUCUACGAGCGCUAUAUACGCGACGAUAUAUACGAGGAGGAUUGUGUAUGUGAAUAAUAAUUAUAUGAUAUAUAAAUAAAUAAAUAUAUAUAUAUAUAUAUAUAUAUAUAUAUAUAUAUAUAUAUAUAUAUAUAUAUAUAUAUAUAUAUAUAUAUAUAUAUAUAUAUAUAUAUGAUCCCGCGGUUGUCGACGCGCACAGGGUGUUCCGCGACCCGGGGCUGCUCUUAUAUACUCUAAAAUACUACUAUCCCUUUCCCACCCACCCAUUCCCAGCCCUCAACAAACAAAAGUAGGAGAGCCCACGCAUUAUACAGAGUUUAAACGAUGAAAACACAACAACAACAAAAUUAUAAUAACAGAAAAGAAAACCAUGCUUUGCCGUCGUGCGCCGCCUCUCACUUUAGACUAAUAAUUUAAAUAUUAUCGAGAUAUAAUAAUAAAAAAAUAAUGAUUAUUAUGAUAAUUAUAAUAUAAUAAUAUUAUUAAUAAUAAUAAUGAUAAUAUAAUACAUGUUACAGUAAGAUAUUAUUAGAUGUAAUUAUUAUAUAUGGUUUAGUCUAGAUCGUGUUGUUGAAGAAAAAACAAAAACAAAGUAUAUAAUAAGAACAAAAAAAGAAGAAGAAAAUAAAAGACAAAGAGACGACGAGGAAGGACGAGUUAUGAGACGGGAGAGAGUGAGCGGAGAGAAAGAGAGAGAGAGAGAGCGAGAAACGUGGAAAAAAUUAAAACGAGAGAAAACAUGCAAAAAAAAUAAUAAUGACGAUGAAGUAUACACGAGGAGCGAGUAAAUGAGGUUGACGAGAAAACGCGAGGACGGAUGAACAAACGCGACGCAAAAUAAUACAAAAACAAAAGUCAAACGUGCGAACGAGAAAAUUUUCGCGGUCCAAGACCGGUGCAGUAGACUACACUGUAACAGAAUGGGACACACGAUGGGAUCCUGCGGCGGACUGAGCAGGAGACGUGACGGAGCGCGCACGCGUUUUUCGUUUAUUUUUUAAUCAACCUUCUGUUUGUGUAUAUUGCUUCCCAUUAACGUGUACCGUUGUUUUAUCUCGCAGUCGAUGAUAAUUUUUGUACUACCUUGUAUUAUUUCAAAUCGAUUCUUAUCAUUUCGUUAUUUCGUUGUCUCUGCGUUCGAGGCUUGAUCGCGUGAGAAUCGAUCGGACGGAGGUGGAGAUCACACACGAGACGGAGCUGGCCAUUGCUUUUCUCAUCAUCGCUUAUUAUGCUGAUGCGGCGGCUAAAGAGAUAACACUCGAGAAUCAAGCUUUAUGUAUGUGUAUCAAUGUAACGCACACGCGAUGUGCAUUAAACGCGCGCAGCGAGAGCAUUAAGCAACUAAGCAACGUGGAUGUAUAACUAUAGCUGUAUUCGUCGAUAUCUAUAAAAAAAAAACAAUCUAUAAAAUGAAAUAACGAUCUAGAGAGCGUGUGUAAAACAAUAGCUUUAUCAACGUGUAUAGGACAUAUACAGAGCCCCUCGCGUGCGACUUUUUUUUCGUCCGAAUCGGCAAGUCGAGGUAAUUCGCGCUUGUUCAUAAUUUCUUUGACGAGAGGGUCAGAGAGCAGCGAAGAGAGAGAGAGAGAGAGAGAGAGAGAGAGAGAGAGAGAGAGAGAGAGAGAGAGAGAGAGAGAGAGAGAGAGUAUAUUAUUGUCGUACAGGAAUCGGUAAGAAAAACGUCGGUCCUGCGCAGCCCGCCACAUAUUCUCACACGUUACUUACUUAUCUAUAACGGACACUGUGCGACUCGUCGACGCGACGGUACCGCGACUGACAUUACCGGACGGAGUAACGUAACAAACAUAACGACGAUCGCGAAGAGAGAGAACGAGAGAACGAGCGCUUGAGAGUGAGAGAGUGCGGCUAUUAAGAGAACAAAAAAAUGAAGAUAAAAUCGAAUAAUGUUUUAUUAAUAUUGUACAUAUUUUAAAUAAUUGAACGAACGGACAGACAGAUCGUGCGUGAUCGGGGAGCCGAGCGCUCGGGCCUGCGGCCCGUUCACACGUUUCGUUCGCGGCUCGACGCAGGCGCGCGCGCGAAGCGUCCCUCCACUAAUUUGCGUUUUUCCUUUUUAGCACCGAGAUACAAAGAGAAAAAUGAACAAAAAAAAAACAAUAAAAAGACAAAACGAGAGGCUCGAAGUUACGAAGGUUUAAAAAGACACACGCGCAGUCACACAUACACACAGCGGCACACUCGCGCGCAGGGAUGAACCUUCAUCGAGAGGUUCGACGACCCGGCGGCGCUCAUUGGCGAAUUGUCAAAGGGACCGUUGCGCGACUCUCGCUGGAGACGCUCUGCAUUUGAUUACAAUAUACUCAGAGAGACUCAGCUUUGUACCAUCCGCGAACGCGAGCGUUACUCAACAGCUCCUUAUUCUGGACGAUUCGCCGAUUGCGCAACGAGUCUCGCGAUGUGAAUCGCACGAGAAUGACACGCGGGUGUGCGGCAUUUAAAGAAACGAAUAAUUUAAAAAAAUAAAAAACCAUAUACACACACUGAGAGUGAGAGAGACAGAACCAGGUGAGCGAAGGAAAAAAUGCAAAAUUGCGAAUGCGAGCGAGUGAGAGAGCGGAUAAUAUUAAAAAAAUAUGAGAGAAAAAUAACUCGUACACUGCUCUAAUUACCCGAACUCUUGUAAUUUCUGAUUGACGAUUUCUUUCAUAUGAUUAUUAUAUCGAUAAGUUCUGUUUUCACACGCGAAUAAAUUAAGAAAACAAAAUAACAAGAAGAAUAAAAAAAAACAAACGAGAGACAUUGUCCAACCCAAGUGUCAUUACUUUUGAUGUUAAAUAAAAAAUACAUAAUUAA